UUUUCAGUCAAUAGUGAUUGACAUCCUAUCUCAUUCCAUCAUGCCUGCCCUUUGGAAACUUUUUCUGCCACUGCUGUGUGUCAGUUUGGCCAAAGCUUCUGACGUGUUCGAUUUUCUGCGUCCGACCAUCUUCCCUAAAGUUUCAAACGACAAAAGUUUAGUUGAAGAAUGGUAUUUCACGCAGAAAGUUGAUCACUUUAACAUACUGGACGACCGGACAUGGAGCCAACGAUUUUUCCUGUCAAACACAACGUACAAUGCGAGCACCCCAGUACUUUUGGUCCUUGGUGGUGAAUGGCAGAUCGAGCCGGGUCACGUCAACAAUGGAUUUAUCGCAGAAUUGGCGGAGAGAUUCGGGGCUUUCGUCAUCUACUUGGAACACCGUUUCUACGGACAAAGCAAACCUGUUCCUGACUUGUCUCUUGAAAAUCUGGCCUUCUUGACGAUGGACCAGGCCAUGGAAGACACAGCAUUCUUUGCUCAGUCGACGAAAAUUCAAAUGGGUCUCGACGGUCCGUGGAUUUUGAUCGGCGCCUCUUACACUGGAGACAUGGCUGCGUGGGCCAGGGCUCGGUAUCCGCAUGUCUUCCACGCUGCAUACGCAUCAGGGGCGCCGGUGCUUGCAAAAGCUGGCUACGAAGAAUAUUUUGAGGUUGUCAACACAGCCCUUUUAAUUGAAAACGCAAGUUGCCCUUCAGUAAUCGAGGCCGCUAUGAAUGAGCUGCAAAUUUUGAUUGAAAAUGGCCUAGCUGACAAUAUAACAACUCUGUUCAAUCUGGCUGAGAGAAUUGAUCUGGCAAAUCUGAAUGACUUGACAUUCUUUCGCUUUCAAAUCUCCGCUAUUUUUGCCACUCUAGUCCAAAUUGCAAGGCCAGGAUCAAACGGCAUUAUCUGUGAUACUCUUUUAUCGGGUCAGGACAACCCACUGGAUACAUACUCUGGCCUUUUGAGAUUAUUAAUGCAAGGCAACCCUUUGAACGUGAACACAACGAAAAUAGUUGAGAAAUACCGGGACCAAGUGGAAUUUUCUGAAACAAGCUACACUCGCCAGUGGAUUUACCAUUGUUGCAAUGAGUUUGGCUGGUUCAAUCCCUUGUCAUCGCCAAACCAACCUUUUGGCCAACAAGUGCCCCUCGACUUCAUGCUGAAAUUCUGCAGCUCCGUUUAUGGGCCAGAGUUUACCCCUGAGCGUUUAGAGGCUGGAACCGCUCGUACAAAUUUGCUCUACGGUGGAAAAAAUCCACAAGCUUCAAGGAUUAUUUACACAGUGGGCACCUUAGAUCCCGUAAACCCUGUUCAAAUGGAUCAGGACAUUAACCCAGAAUCGCCUGUGAUUUUCAUUGAAGGAAUGUCCCACUGCGUUGAUGUGACUGACGCUUCAAAACCAAACGACCCUCAGUCUCUCAUUGACGCUCGGCAGAGGAUCUUCAACAUUUUUGAAUCGUGGCUGUGAUUAAAUUACUUGAAUAUGAAUAAAGGCUGGAAGAAGAAAUCAAAUCCAUUAAUAAAUUUUUUUAGGAAAUGGAAAAAAAAUCGACAGUAUAAAUUAAUGCAGAAUUUAGUGUUUGAAACUUGUAGAACAUUGAUACUUAUUUCAGGGUAAUUUAAUGAAUAGGAAAUAUGUUUAGCUAAAAUCCGCCAAAAAAGUUAAAUGUU